AUGUGUGAGCCCAACUGGUUGCAAUCAGUGGUACAAAUGGGUUGCACAGUGCGAAAAAGGGAGAGCGAGCGCGAGGUGGAGUCUUGCAGAGCUUUUGUGGACAACACGCAUUUACAGACGCUCCAUCUGAACUUCAAUCCGCAAUUGAGUGACAUACCCAUGCGGCUGUUCCAGGGCAAUCCGAACAUUCUGGAGGUGUACAUGCAGAGCAACAGCCUGCAGACGCUCUACUCGGCCCAGUUCCCAGUGGAUCAGCUGCAGAAGCUCUAUCUGGGCGAUAAUCCGCUGCAGUGCAACUGCUCGCUGCUCUGGCUGUGGCGCCUGGUCACAGGCAACUUUGAGGGCACAGAGCCCGCGCUGGAGCAUGCUCAGGGCGGCGCUGUGGCCGCACUGGCCAAGGAGGCAUCGCUGGUGCGGGAGCAGGAGGACGACACCACACUCAAGGCCGACGAUGGGGUAUCCGCCCUGGCUGCCUACAUAGCCGAGCAGCAUAUUGCGAACGCCCUGCAGACCACCGAGCCGAGCGCGUAUGAGCAGCGACUGGAGGCCGCCGCCAGCGCCAGCUCCAGCAGCAGCUCCAACUAUUUGCGCAUGGACAAACAGCAGAUCGGCUGCGACAUUUGGCGGGACGGCGUUCGCACCCGCCGCCAGCUGCUGACAAUGAGCGAGGGCGAGAUCACCUGCCCGGCGCACAUCGUGACCGUCGUCUGUGCGGUGAUCACCAGCCUCCUGGUGCUCAUGAUCGGCAUCAGUGUGCUCUACUAUCUGCGCUUCGUGAAGCGCCGGCGCAAGCUGCUGCACGAGCGCGGUCCGCUGCGCACCAGCAAGAGCAUCAUCAACGUGCACGACCGCAUCCUGCAGGGCCACCACCAGCCGCUGGGCGGUGGCGCGGGCAUGAGCAUGACCCUGGGCGGCUCGGGGCCCGGCGGCCUCGGUAUGACGCUCAACUAUCCGCAUCAUGCGCAAACGCUGCAGGCGCAUCAUCACUACCACCAGGCCAUGCCGCUGCAGGGCCACAGCGGGCACGAGUACCAGCAGACGACGCUGCCGCAGCUGGACAAGCUGGAGCUGGAGCGCUAUCUGGCGGCGCAGACGAUUGCCAACGAGUAUCGGGCGCUGAAGCCCUGGGAGCUGCCCGUCAAGGAGGCGGACGACGAGCCGGAGCAUCUCUACGAGCGCUUCGAUCACUACGAAUACCCGGACACGCACACCAUGACCAAGCUGAAGCAGGCGGCCGCACUCCAGGGCAGCACCGCGGUGACAGCAGCUGGCAAUGCCAACGCUGGCGCCGCCAACAGCAAGCCGCACGUGGUCUACGUAUGACGUGGACGCGGCGUUGCUGGCAACCAGAAACAACAGCAGCAAAAGCAGCAGCAGCAGCAGCAGUUGGAUCUGGGCAUUGAGCUGGUGGGCCUGGGCCUGGGGCUGACCAACAACAACUAUCGCAGCUAUGCGCAGUGCCCGAGCAAGGCGAUCGAUCACUUUUGAAAACAGGGAUAUUCACAGCAGCAGCAGCAGCAGCAGCAGCAGCAGCAGCAGCAGCAGCGGCAGUUUUAUGUUUAGGUAUCCUUCGGUUCUUUUCAGUUCGAAUUUGAGUUUGAGUUGGGCAUUUUCGGAGAAUUUGAUAACUCGCAACAAAAAGUUUAACAAGCGUCAAAUGAAACAAGGGAUAUAUCUACGUGUAUAGCAGCAUACUAUAAUAAUAUUAUUAGUA